CAGUUGUUUUCCGACCAUUGAGAGUAUUACUGUUGCCUCAGUAGUGCUUGAUUUUCUUAUCUAGUCAGAAUGCUGUGGUUCAACGUGCUACUAUUUUUUGGAACUGGCCUUAGUGCGUGUGCUGGUUACAAAAUUUUAAGUAUUUCUCACAUACCAACAAAAAGCCACCAUAUAUUAGCUUCACGACUUGUGGAAGAAAUAGCAAAAAAAGGCCAUGAAGUUACUUUUGUUACGCCAUACCCAAGUGAAACUCCAUUUCAAAACGUAACAGAAAUUGGCUUAGAAGACUUGCAAGAUUUUCUACCGGGCGGAGAUAUGUUUAACCAAGAAGAUACAACAUCUUGGGAGAAAGCUAUGUUCGUGACCCAUCGGCGGUACACAUUUUGUGAACAUUUACUCUCUCUCGAAAAAAUCCAAAAUUUAAUGAAAUCGCAACAACAUUUUGACGCAGUCAUACUAUACUACUAUUUGAAUGACGCAAUGCUAGCACUAGCACACCAUUUCAAAGCACCCGUGAUUUUAUUUGCCUCAAUGCCGCUAUACGCUUCAGAGAAUUUUCUCCUGUCAUUUCCAACCCAGUCUGCCUACGUUCCAAACAUUGUAACAGAACACACAGGUCACAUGGACUUUUGGCAGCGUUUGAAAAACACCUUUUACGAUCACGCCAUGGCAUUGUACUAUCAACACUUCAUGUUACCUAAACAUGCGAAACUCGUGGAUACUUACAUUCCCGGGAAGCCUGACCUCUACAAAAUGCUUAAUAACGAAAGUCUGGUCCUCAUUAACUCUCAUGUUAGUACCACCGAACCGAUACCUCACGUACCCAACGCUAUAGAAAUUGGCGGUUUUCACAUAGACGAGCCUAAACCGUUACCGAAAGAUUUGAAACAGUAUUUAGACGAUUCUGUUAACGGGGUUAUUCUUUUCUCGAUGGGUUCGAUCGUCAGAAGCGCCCAUAUCCCAGAAGAAAAACGAAAAGCGCUUCUUGGUAGCUUUUCUAAACUCAAACUCAACGUUUUGUGGAAAUUCGAAGAAAAUCUUACUGGGUUGCCACCGAAUGUUAAAAUAAUGAAGUGGAUUCCCGUUUCGGACGUUUUGGCCCAUCCCAAUGUAAAAGUUUUCAUCACUCACGGCGGAUUGCUGAGUACCAUGGAAGGUGUGUACCACGCGGUACCAUUGGUUGGAAUUCCCGUUUUCGGUGACCAGAAAAUGAACAUGGCGUUGGCUAAGUCGUACGAAUAUGCAGUUGAAGUUCGUUAUACCGACUUAACGGAGGAAACAUUAUCAAGAGCUAUAGAUCAAGCUUUAAAUAACCCAAAGUAUAAAAGAAAUAUAGAAAAACGGUCGAAAAUAAUGAGAGAUAGGACGCUAAAACCUGCUGAUAAUGCACUGUAUUGGAUUGAAUAUGUAAUUCGACAUCAGGGAGCGCCACAUCUUAGGUAUCCCGGAGCGGAUUUGAAUUGGUUCCAAAGGAAUCUACUCGAUGUGGUUGGUUUUGUCCUUGUUGUAACACUUUUGCCACUGGUUGCAGCUACUCUUGUCAUAAAACGAAUUGUAAAAAAGAAGAUUAAAAGCAAGAUGGAGUGAGAAACAUUGUUUUCGUUUGAACUUUGUGAUAAUAAAAAUGUAGAUACCUAGAA